CUUGUCCAUUCAAACAGCAAACUUUCUUUUUUGUCUUUAUGAGUAAACAAAAUUUCUGGUAAACCGUUUCAAUUUCUUGUUAUUGUUCACAAUCACAACCCACACCCACGAUCUGAACGAAUCGAUACCGUGCAAGAAAUCACAUCCCCCAUCAAAUCUUUUAGCUUGCUGUCUCGUUUUGCUCGUGGCCCUGCCUCAUUUAUUUACAGUAUCGAAGAUCUUGGGAGAAAGCUUCCAAGAUUGUGUAGUUUUGCAUGCAAACUUCUUGAUCCUAUUUCGCGUUCGACCCCCAACAAUCGAUUAAACAUUCGACAGCAACCCAACACCAAACCCCACCGUCUUCUCGGUUUAAAAAUCUCUCUCUUCUUCAUCCGUCUCGUUAUUAGUACUCUCUCUCUCUCUCGCAAGAACAAGGGGAGACACACACAUCCGCAUCAGACACAGAGAGGGAGAGAGAGAUGGUGAACUUCGUGGAGCUCCAGAAGCCACUCUUGCAUGGCCUCAUGAAGAGGGCAGGGAUCCGGCCCUACACGGCGGAGAUCGAGCCCGGCACCGUCAUGAACUUCUGGGUGCCGCGCGAGACCAUCAGGAAGCCCGACAAGAAGGCCAAGAGCAAGGACGAAACCGUUCUUGUCAACCCCACGAAGCCCGCCGUCGUCCUCAUCCAUGGCUUCGCCGCCGAGGGCAUCGUGACGUGGCAGUUCCAGGUCGGCCCGUUGACGAAGAAGUACGCCGUUUACAUCCCUGACCUCAUAUUCUUCGGCGAGUCGGUCACCGACAAGAGUGACCGGUCACCAGCGUUCCAGGCCGAGUGUUUGGUGAAGGGGCUGAGGAAGCUCGGCGUUGAGACGUGCACGUUGGUGGGGUUUAGCUACGGUGGGAUGGUGGCGUUCAAGAUGGCGGAGAUGUACCCGGAGAUGGUCCGAGCCAUGGUGAUAUCGGGGUCGACACCGGCCAUGACGGAUUCGAUCAGCGGCGAGACGCUAAAGAGGCUCGGGUUCUCCUCUUCGUCGGAGCUCCUGAUGCCGACGUCCGUGAAGGGCCUGAAGGCGCUUCAGUCGGUCGCUAUGUACCGGAAGAUUUGGUUCCCCGACCGGUUUCACAAGGACUACCUCGAGGUGAUGUUCACAAACAGGAAAGAGAGAGCUGAGCUAUUGGAAGCUCUUGUCAUCAGCAACAAGGAUGCCUCCAUCCCUAACUACACCCAGAGGAUACAUCUCCUCUGGGGUGAAAAAGAUCAGAUCUUUAAACUGGAGCUGGCUCAGAACAUGAAAGGACAGCUAGGAGAGAAUGCAACGGUGGAGGGCAUCAAGAAGGCAGGACACUUGACUCACCUUGAGAGGCCCUGCGUGUACAACCGGUGCUUGAAGCGGUUCCUUGCUUCAGUCCAUCAAAGUGAAGCCGACAAAUGA